AUGGAAGCUGUUAAGAGACAGGAAGCUGAAUCCAAGAAGUCCUUUUGCAACUCAGCCGCCAUAGAAGAAAGAUUUGAAGAUCAAGUCCCAGAAUGGAUGCUUUCAAAACCUACUGUUGAUUACAUGAUUUGGCCUGAAGAGAUUUACCCAGAGAGAGAGUCCAAUCGAGCUAGAAAGAGAAGACUUUUUCCAAAGAUCAUCCCCAAGACUGAUAACUCAGGAAAGUUUGCUGUGCCUUGUAUCAUCAAAGGUAACAUUCUUGAGCAAUCUUUGUGUGACACAGGAGCCAAUGUGAACAUCUGA